AUGAACGCCUUCACCAUUCUUUCCCGCGCAGCUCCCAUUCGAGCUUCUAGCUCUGCAAAAACUAGCUCCAGGCUCGUUUCUGUUUCUCGACACUUUUCCAGCACAACCAGAAUCAUGGCUCCAAUCGUGAAGGAAUGCGACUUUUUAGUCAUUGGAGGCGGCAGUGGUGGACUAGCUUGCGCCAGGAGGGCGAGCGGCAUGUAUGGCAUCAAGACGAUUGCCGUUGAGGCCAAACGACUAGGUGGAACGUGUGUGAACGUUGGAUGCGUGCCCAAGAAAGUUACCUGGAACGCUGCCGCUAUUGCAGAGACCAUCCACGAAGCAAAGGCAUAUGGGUUCUCUGUGGAGGAGACAGCUCCGUUCAACUGGCCGGCUUUCAAGACGAAGCGCGAUGCAUACAUCAAGAGGCUCAACGGAAUAUAUGCACGCAACUUAGACAACGAUAAGGUCGAGCAUAUCCAUGGUUAUGCUACUGUAACUGGCAAGAACGAGGCGACCGUUAAGCUCAAUGACGGCACCGAGGCUACCAUUCGCGCAAAGAAGAUCCUGCUUGCCGUCGGUGGCCACCCAAUUAUACCACAAGACGUUCCUGGCGCGGAGCACGGCACGGACAGUGACGGCUUCUUCGACAUCGAGACCCAGCCAAAGAAGGUCGCCUUGGUAGGCGCUGGCUAUAUAGCUAUCGAGUUUGCUGGCAUGUUCAAUGCAUUGGGAACGGAGACCCAUCUAUUCAUCCGCCAUGACAAGUUCCUCCGCUCUUUCGACCCCAUGCUCCAGGAUGCGAUUGUUGCCGAGUACGAGCGCCUUGGUAUUAAGAUUCACAAGCUUUCGAAACAAAACAAGAUCGAGAAGGACGCUAAGACUGGCCAGCUCUCGAUUCACUACGAGGAUUCGGAGGGCGCCGGCGUGCUAGAGAACGUCGACUCGCUCAUCUGGGCUAUUGGUCGUGCCCCAGAAGUUAAGAGGCUCGGUCUGGAGUCGGUAGGUGUCAAGCAAGACGCCAAGGGCCAAAUUGUCGCAGACGAGUAUCAAAACACCAACGUCGAGAACAUCUACUCGAUUGGCGAUGUGGUUGGCAAGUGGGAGCUUACACCUGUCGCCAUUGCUGCUGGUCGCAGGUUAGCGGACCGUCUCUUCGGCGGCCCUCAAUUCGUCAACUCCAAGCUGGACUACGAGAACAUCCCAUCUGUUGUCUUCGCACACCCAGAGGUCGGGUCCAUUGGACUUACAGAGCCUGAGGCGAUUACCAAGUACGGCAAGGACGAUAUCAAGGUCUACAACACCAGCUUCACGGCAAUGUACUACGCCAUGAUGGAGCCGGAGGACAAGGGCCCCACGAAGUACAAGCUUAUUUGCCAGGGACCUAAUGAGAAGGUGGUCGGCCUGCAUAUUCUUGGCCUGGGAUCUGGAGAGAUGUUGCAGGGAUUCGGAGUUGCGAUCAAGAUGGGAGCAACGAAGAAGGACUUUGAUAGCGUCGUGGCUAUCCAUCCAACAAGUGCCGAGGAACUGGUCACCUUGAAAUAGGUGCCCCUCUUGUUGUAAUAAUGUAUAAAUAGAAUACAUUAUCUUCAGAACUCAAAGGUUGAUUUUAACUGUGGGUAGUCAUGCAUGAGUUACCGAAUCCUGCAGCUUCCGGUCUUGCUUUAUGCCACCCAAAUCCCCAUCUCUUGAUAUUACGUGCUUAUUUAUUAGCGCUUGCCGCCCAGGGUCUAGCCAACCCUCAGAACGGGUAUAUAAAACCACCACCCCCACCAAACUUGUUAUCUUUAUACUUGCAGCUU